AUUAUGCUCGUUUUUGUUGCAUGUUAUGGCACUUAUAGGCCCGGGCUUUGGCCUAUUCCACGACUUCGACGACAUGGACAUCGACGACAUGUUUGGUUUGGGCGGACCGUCUGGUCGGGGCGGCGGCGGCGGAGGCAACGCUUUCCGGUCGCAAUCAUUUCACGGCAGCUCUCCAUCCCAUGGCUUGGGUGGCGGCGGCAAAGGGGGCGGACUCGGAGGGCCCGUACGUCAGGACCCGCCCAUAGAGCACGACCUGUUCCUCACGUUAGAGGAGGUGCUCAGGGGUUGUGUGAAACGGAUGAAAAUCACCCGACGUGUGCCCAACCCGGACGGCAAGGGUAGCCAGAAAAAGGAGGACAAAGUGUUGACGAUCAAUGUGCGACCCGGGUGGAAAGCGGGCACCAAGGUGACUUUCCAGCGCGAAGGCGACCAUAAUAGCUCCACCAUACCGGCCGAUAUUGUGUUUAUGAUCAAGGACAAACCGCACCCGGUGUUUAAGCGCGAUGGCGUGGACCUGAAAUACACGGCCAAAGUGUCCCUAAAAGAGGCUCUGUGCGGCUGCAAAGUGAACGUCCCGACCCUAUCGGGUGAGUUGAUACCGCUGCGCCUAUCGGAAGUGGUCAGACCAACCACUCAGCGCCGUAUACCCGGCCACGGGCUGCCCCACGCCAAGGACACCGCCAAACGGGGCGAUAUUGUGGUCACGUUUGAUAUCAAGUUUCCCGAUUCGCUGAACGAGCCCACCCGGCAAAUACUCUGGGACUGUUUGCCC